UCUCAAAACCCCAGGACAGUCCUAAAUAUUUGAAAGGAUCGAGGCUAAGCUCCAAGACUCACUCCAUAACCAAGCUCCGCAAUGGCGUGGAAAGCUCUAGCCAUUGCAAUUUUUGUGAUCCUCCUGGAAAUCGUAAAAGGACAAUCAAGCCCAACUGUUUUUGCAGUUGGUCCAAAUGUUUUCCGAAUUGAUGCAGAAGAGACAGUGUCGCUGGUGUCGUUCAAACUGGAAAAACCGAUACAAGUGUCCGUAUUUCUACAGGACCAUCCUCACCGCAAAAAAACCUAUUCCGAAAAGACGGUUAGCUUGGAGCCAUACAAACCUCAAACAGUCAAGUUGAAGAUUUCCAGCUCUGAUUUAUCGGACGAGAAAGUGAUAGAGGAAGGGAAGUCCCGGUAUCUGUACCUUGUGGUCCAGUCCAACGAUGCAACGUUUAAAUUCAAAAAAGAGUCUGUUCUCCUUGUUGAACCAUCAAGCGGCCAUGUUUUCAUUCAGACCGACAAGCCGAUAUACAGCCCAAGACAAACAGUGUACAUCCGUGUAUUGCCUGUCGACCAACAACUUAUGCUAACGAACAUACCCGUUCGUCUAGAAAUCCUUAAUCCUCAGGAGGUUGUCGUUGAGAGGCGAGGAUUCAGGCAGAAAAAUGGCUUUAUAAGCCACACACAUGAUAUCAUAGAUCGCCCAUUAUUCGGCAACUGGACUAUCAGGGCGUCAUACGGAAAGGAUAACAAAUCCAGCAACAGUGUACAGUUCGAGAUUAGAGAAUAUUUGUUACCAAUGUUUGAGGUUAAAGUUAAGCCUCAUCUGUCUAACUUUAUAUUGCCCGAGACGCAAGAACUACAGGGAAGUGUUACAGCCAGAUAUGUAUUCGGAAAGCCAGUGAAGGGGUUUGUCGUUCUUACCAUUUCUGUAGACUUUCUCGGAAAACUCACCACUCCUUGGAACCUUAAACUUGAAGAGGGAGAGGCACACUUUAAUUUGAAAAUUGACGAUCUGCUACAACCACUGGGAGUGGACGGCCAUCCGGACGGGGGAAGAUUGGUGAUGCGCGCUGACGUCACCGAACGCGCCACUUUCCAAACAGAGACGGAAGAAGACCGUUCCUGUGUAUUUGUCCGCUCACCAUUUGUCCUCUCGCUCACCAGAUCAUCCAGCUACAUGAAACCUGGUCUCUUCUACAACGUCAGAAUUGAUGCGCGGUAUUUUGGCGGAGGAGUAGUCAGCGACUUACCUGUAAAGGUUAAAACGGAGGAGAGGGACGGUCAGCGCGUGAUAAGGUCAGAUGUGCAAGAAAUCAAGCUUAACGCUGCUGGACAGGGUAAAUUACAGGUCGAUUUGCUCAGGAACAGCGAGGCGUUGGACAUAACAGUAAAAUCAAACGACGAGCAAUAUCCAGACGAGAGUCAGGCUAGCAUUGUUCAUACGGUAAGGAGAUAUGCCUCGCCGUCCAACAGUUACCUUAUUGUUCGAGUGAACCAGGACGUUGUUCAAGUAGACCAACCCUUGAAAAUAGAGAUGUUUGCCACGAAGAUAGACGAUAUCUCAACGCUUAAUAUUCUGCUCUUAUCUCGCGGUCACGUGGUACACGCUGUGACGUUAAACCGUGACGUCGGUCUAGUGACGACAACCACUGUCACUGUGACGCCUGCAAUGGUACCGUCCAUCAGAGUCUUAGCUUAUUACAUCAACAGCAGGGGCGGCGGGGGACCUGAAGUUGUGGCGGACUCCGUUUUGAUAGAUGUCGAAGACAGCUGCUCCAAGGAGGUUGUUAUCACUUCAAAUCAGGAGGAAUAUGAGCCGGGCAGUAACGGUGUAAUAACAUUACGGGGCGAACCUGAUACUCUAGUAGGUCUGUCAAUGGUGGACUCGGCGGUGUUCCUUCUCAAUGACAGACACAUUCUCUCACGUAAAAAGAUGUUUGACACGCUUGAAACCUUUGAUCUGGGUUGUGGGCCGGGAGGAGGAAAGAAUGGAGCUGACGUGUUCUUCGAGACCGGCUUGAGCGUUGUCUCAACAACGGCAUUUACCAAUGUGGUUAGAGACUCGAGGGAAUGUAGAAAUCCAGCUCAUAACAGGAGGCGACGUGAAGCAGAAGUGCCAAAAGCGGAGAUCCACGAGUUCAUGUGCUGCAGAGAGGGUCUUCUCGUGCUGAAUGAAACUACGUGUUACAAGAGAGCUAAUGAGCUAGUCAACGCUACCAAUCUCUGCAAACAGAAGUUCUAUGAAUGCUGUAAGAAAGGCGCUUGCCGGAAACAGAAAGACGGAUGUUCAAGGACGGGUAGAGUUGGAGAAGCGGCAGGACUUAUCUUCCCCAACAUGUUCGAUAUACCAGACAACGUUGAUGUUCCAGUCCGAGCCAACUUUCCAGAGUCCACUUUCUUUGAGAACUACAAAAUAGGACCUGCCGGAGAGAAGCGUUUACAACUCACUUUACCGAGUUCAAUUACAAAAUGGAUGGUCCAAGGUAUCAGCGUCUCACCCUCGUCCGGCAUGUGUGUUGCCAAUCCUAAAAAUAUCACCGUCUUCAAAACUUUCUUUCUCGAUGUCCGUUUACCAGUAAAGGCUGUACGCGGAGAACAACUGGAGGUCCAGGUCACUGUUUAUAACUUCGGAAUUCAAGACGUUCGUGCCGUGGUGUAUUUGUACGGUGUUACGGGGCUUUGCUCAGCGGCUCGAGCCGGAGAGCGGACACCACCCCGUAGAAUGUUGGUGCCCAAAAACGACGCCGUGUCCACGUCCUAUCCAAUUGUACCCUUGGAAAACCGACAGUACAAAAUUAAAGUCGUUGCUUACUCCAUAUUGGCCAACGAUGCCGUAGAAAAAGUCUUAUACGUAGUGCCGGAGGGUAAGCGGGUUGAGAAGCCUUACACCAUCCCUCUGGAUCCACAAGGGAGACUAAAAGCAGAAGAACCCCAGCCAGGAGUGCAAAAUGACCAGCGUUACAACGAACAAGGCAAGACCAGCAAGCUGGAAUUAACUAUACCCCCCGAUAUAAUCGAAAAUACGGCUUCGUGCUCGGCCCACGUAACAGGCAGCGUGAUGGGUCAUUCGGUGCAGGCAGUGGUUGAUGGAUUAGAGGGAAUGUUGCGUCAACCGACAGGCUGUGGAGAGCAGACGAUGAUCCGGAUGGCACCAACUGUCUACGCUAUGACAUACCUCACGCACACAAACCCCAACCGGCAGGGAGUCGAGAACAAAGGCUACAAAUUCAUCGAAGAUGGUUACAAUCGGGAACUUAAAUAUAGAAAAGCUGAUGGAUCAUUUGCGGUUUGGGCUAACCGCCCCUCAAGCACGUGGCUGACUGCAUUUGUUUUGAAAGUAUUCUGCCAGUCUCGAGAAUUCAUCGAUAUUGAUAACAAUGUGAUAUCCACUGGGUUUAACUGGUUGAGCAAGCAACAAACAAAGACCGGACAAUACAAGGAAGCUUACAAAGUCCACCAUCAAGAAAUGAUUGGGAAUGUUAAGGACGGAUUAACGCUAACGGCAUUCGUGUUAAUUGCUCUUAAAGAGUGUUACCCAAGCAAGGCGGAUAAGGUCCCGGGGGAGGUCAAGGCCAUUGAGUAUUUGGAAGGUCAACUAAACAAAGUGGAAAGUCCGUACGCUCUUUCACUGAUUACCUACGCCUUGGUGUUAGCGGACAGUAAACAGAAGAACAGAGCUAAUGAACUGUUACGGGCCAAAGCUUUCUAUGAUAAAGACAACGCCUUGCGGUACUGGUCGGAGGGUAAAAUUGGCAAGAAAGCACCAGCUUUGGCUGUGGAGACCACCAGUUACGCUCUCCUGGCGCAGCUGAAAUUGGGGGAUGUCAAAUACACUCACGCCAUCAUCAACUGGCUGAUACAACAGAGGAACUCCAAAGGAGCAUUUGUGUCAACUCAGGACACAGUGAUUGGGCUACAAGCUAUCACGGAAUACUCGGUUGAGACGUUCAGUGAAGAUUUGGACAUGACGUGUGAUCUGAAGAGCGAGGCAGAUGGACAGUUCCAUGAAUCCGUCCAUUUGGUUCAAAAAGAUGCCGAGGUGCAACGCACAGUGAAAAAUGUGCCAAUUGGCGGGAAUCUUGUGGUGCACACUCGAGGUUCCGGAGUCGGACAGCUUCACGUUCAACUAGGAUACAACGUACCCACGGACGGAGACGAACUUUGUCGAUUCGAUAUGAAAAUCGAGUGUAAAGAUAUCAAGUUCAAAAAGAUCGAAAAGGACAAGGAAUGUGAUGUUUGUGGCCAGAAUUGUAAAGAUAUUGGUGGAGGUGGAGAUGACUAUGAUUACGAUGACGUCGACUUAGUUUUACCUAAUGCACGAGCUGGUGCACCUGUAGGUAUGGCCUACGUGGGGAAGAAACGCUCAAGGAUUGGGCGCCAAGCAGCUAGGAUUCCGGUCUUGGAUAUAGACAAAGGUGCCAUAGAAGAUGGCGGUAAUAAGAAAGUCGUCUGCAUCCACUUCUGUGCCAGCUCACUGACAGGAAAGGACACUGGGAUGUCUAUAAUAGAUAUAGGCUUAUUCACAGGCUUGACCGCGUUGGAGAAUGACCUUCAGAAAUUGAAAGACGAUAAUGUUGUGGAUGAUUUCGAAGCUAUUGGGGAGCGAGUAAUCUUCUACGUUCAAAAGAUUCCACAGAAAGACGAAUAUGGGGAGCCUUUAUGUGUCAAGUUUAGAGCUCGCCAGGACCAUUACGUGGGAAAUGUCCAGCCUCAAACCGUGAAAGUGUAUGAUUACUAUGAGCCUGAAGACACAUCCUGUACUCGAUUUUAUCGCCCCCAGGAGCAAAGUGGGCUCUAUCAGACACUGUGUGAAGGCGGCAUGUGUAAAUGUGCAGAAGGUCAUUGUACAAAACAUUAUACAAAUCAGGAGCGAUGGGCUAUAAAGAAAAACGACCUUCUAAAAAUCGCCUGCACAGAAGCAGAUUAUGUGUAUAUCGUCAAGCCUGUGACCAUUGAGGAGAAGGGAGGAAUGGGCCUGGCUCAGAGGAAAGUCACAGCAGACUUGAGGAGUGUAAUUAAACCAGGUGGAGACCCUUUUGCCGUUGAGAACGAAUCUAUAGAAUUUUGGAUUGUCAGUUCGUGUCCAGAUCCCCAGCUAGAGAAAGGAAGAUUAUACCUCAUAAUGGGCAAAGAUGGAAAAAUUGACAAUGACAAGAUGAAGUACCGACUAGACGAUCAUGCCUUUGUGAUGGAGUUUUAUGACCGAAAUAACAGAGCUUUACCCAAAAAGGAUCGAAUUGUGGGUCAUCACAUGCUUUUGAUGAGAAAGACAUUAGCAAACGGUUGUCCCAACAAAUGAGGACACUGGGAAACGUCCAGUAGUGGAGGAAGGCGAUGCACGGGCGACCAUUUAUGUUUGGAUGUGCUGUUCAGCAAAGUAACCGACGCAGACUCUGAGGGUUUCAUUACAAAUAAAUACAUAUUGCUAUACCA